UUAUGUUAUAUAUUUGACAUUUUAAUUUGCACAUUGACAGUUUGUAUAAUAUAACAAAAAAGGAUUAAUUCAUUGGACAUUUGAAUGAGAUAGUACUAAAUUGUGACAACUUGCCCCAGUCCCCUCUCCAUAUUAUUGUAUGAUUACUAUACAUACAGUACCAUGGUAUUUAAACAUCCAAAUGAAAAUAUGGUUCUGUCAUAGUAGUUUUGGUACUUUAUUGUUAGUGUGGUGUCUCUCCUGUGGUUCUGGGAGCCUGUAUCUCAGUAGCAGGCCGCUUCAGUCCAUCUGUCUCAUCUGUGAGCAGCCAAUGCACACACUUGCACCCCAUCGGUGUUAUCAGCCCUUCCCACUGUAUUUAACUGGAUUUAUUAUUAACUCAUACCCAAAUUUUCAUGACGUUACAUUGAGGAGGGUGAAAAGUGAUCAGCCUUGUUUCUUCGAAACCUUCAUAUCUGAGUAAGACACAUGGAUUUGCCACAGAAAAUGAACAAAGAGCUCUUCCAGGAUGAAGAGAAAGGGUAGAGGAGGAAGAUAAGAAAGAAAGAGACCCGAAGCAAGACUAGGCUAAAGAUCCGUGUGGUACGGGCCAGAGGAGAAGGAAAGAGGAGCCAUGUGGCAAGUUAGUUGUUCUUUAAAUCCUAAAGUGCUCCCAGACGGGGUCCCUGCAUGGGCGACCAUGAAGAAAGGACUGGUUGGAGGAGUCAAAGGGAAGAGGAAGGUGUUCUCGUUUUCUUUACGAUGUCGGGUUGGAGUUAUCAGAGGAAGGGUUAAAGAUGAUGUCCCAUACACAAAGGGAAACAAAGAUGCUGCAAGUGACAGCAGUGGCCUCAACAAGAGGAGUAGCAUUGCUGAUGAGCAGAGAGGUGUGACGACAGUGGAACUGAUUAAAAAAGAGGGCACCAGUCUCGGCCUCACGAUCUCCGGAGGUUGUGACAAGGAUGGCAAGCCAAGAGUGUCGAACCUAAGACCAGGAGGUCUUGCGAUCCGGAGUGACCAGCUCAAUGUUGGGGACUACAUUAAGUCAGUGAACGGCAUAAACCUGUCCAAACUUAGACAUGAUGAGAUCAUUAGCAUGCUGAAGAACAUCGGUGAGCGUGUGGUGCUGGAGGUGGAGUACGAGCUGCCGCCAUUCGCUCCUAGCAAUCCCUGCAGCGUCAUCUCUAAAACUAUUGAAGUGUGCUUGGAAAAAGAAGGGAACAGCUUUGGCUUCGUUCUGAGAGGGGGCUUUCAUGAGGACUGGCAUAAGGCUCGUCCUCUAGUAGUGACCUACGUCAGGCCCGGCGGACCCGCAGAUAGAGAGGGUACCCUGCGAGCGGGCGACCGAGUGUUGAGCGUGAACGGUGUUGCUGUGAACAGACAGAAACAUGCUGACGUUCUGACCCUGAUCAUGCAGAGCAGCCAGGAGGCUUUCUUCCUCAUCGAGUACGACAUCAUGGUCAUGGACUCAGUCCAGAAGUCUUCUGGGCCGCUCCAGGUGGACAUUGCACGCUCCGCAGGUUCAGUACUGGGACUAAGUCUCACUACCUCCAUCUACAGGAACAAACAGGUCAUUACAAUCCAGAAAAUCAAACCUGCUAGUGUUGCGGACAGAUGUGGUGCUCUGCAUGUGGGAGAUAUUCUCCUGGCUAUAGAUGGCAUGAGCACAGAGCACUGCUCUCUGAUGGAGGCUCAGCAGCUCCUGUCCAGCUCCUCAGAGCUCACCAAACUAGAGAUCCUGACCGCUCAACACUGCUCACGUGACACAGUGCAUGUCCAGAGGAGUAGUCAGCGUCAGUGGGACUCUAGUGACAACUGCCUCAGCGCUCCUCCACCUUUCCAAAAAACGUCCUCGGCCUGGAGUCACACCACCCCUACACCCUCACACCGAUCUGUGACGACUGGCAUCUCUGCAAACACAUCAGGCUUUCACAGUUACAGCUGUGGCACCCAGUCGACGUACCCCAACACGUACCCCAGCAGCACCCUGCCCUCUUACCCAUCCAGCCCUCGCUGCACCGCCACCAAGAGGAGACAGAGGAGAAGAGACCACAAGAGCUCCUUGUCUCUGGCGACGAGUACAGUGGGUGCCGGUGGUCAGGUGGUGCAUAUAGAAACCAGUGAGGUGCUUCUGAGAGGAGAUCCUCUUACUGGAUUCGGCCUGCAGUUACAGGGGGGAGUGUUUGCUACUGAACCGCUGUCAGCACCUGCCUGUGUUCACCUUAUAGAGCCUGACACACCUGCUGAAAGGUGUGGGGUGUUACAAAUUGGAGACAGAAUUCUUUCCAUUAAUGGAAUUCCCACUGAGGAUGGAACACUGGAAGAGGCCAAUCAGCUGCUCCGAGAUGCAGCACUGGCCAAUAAGGUCAUACUGGAGGUGGAGUUUGAUGUUGCAGAAUCAGUGAUUCCCAGCAGUGGCACAUUUCAGGUUAAGUUGCCCAAGAGACGUGGAGUGGAGCUGGGCAUUACGAUCAGCGUGAGCAAGAAGCCAGGAAAACCUUUGAUCAUCUCUGAGAUACAGAGAGGCAGUAUUGCACACAGAAUAGGAACCCUGGAGCCAGGUGAUCGCCUGCUGGCCAUUGAUAAUGUUCGGCUGGAUAAUUGUGGGAUGGAUGAGGCCAUGAUGGUCCUCCAGCAGGCCGAGGGGAUGGUCAAACUGCGGAUUCAGAAAGAUGAAGACAACCUGGAUGAAUUAGAGUCGUCCGGGUCAGUAAUAUUCACAGUAGAGCUCAAGAGACACGGAGGUCCUCUUGGAAUCACCAUUUCAGGCACUGAAGAGCCCUUCAACCCCAUCCUGAUCUCCAGCCUGACCCGCAACGGCCUCGCGCACAGGACUGGUGCUCUUCAUAUCGGUGACCGUGUUUUGGCCAUCAAUAACAUGAGUCUCAAGGGAAAGCCUCUGAGCGAGGCCAUCCACCUGCUGCAGACCGCCGGAGACACGGUUACGCUCAAGAUCAAGAAGCGAUCUGAACCACUUUUGGAGUCGGACAGGAGCAGCCCGUCCAGGACGGCCUCGUGCGUCAGUGACAUGGAAGACGAUCGCUCAGAUUCUCUCAGGAGAGGAAAAUACUCUGAACUUCACCGCCUGACCACACCGCCCAGUCUGGAUUCAGCCAUGGACUCGUGGGAUAGUUCGGCCUUAGAUGCCGGCUACGGAAGUCAAGGUGUCUAUAUUCAUAGGGCGUCUGAUUUCACUCUUCAUCCCAGUGACUGGAGACAGACCAAUCACAGGAGCCCACUGAUCUCCAGAAGACACGCCCACCGUCCUACAAUGUAUGAUGGGAGGCUGGGCGAGGAGGAUUGGACAUACUCUGGGUUGCUUUGCAUUGACACAGAUCUGUCAGCCCCGCACGCUGUCACAGCCACAGCAAUACAGACGCUCAGGAGAACUAUUGGUCACAAGCUCUUCAGGACCUGGAGACCUGCGGCCAGUCGGAAAUCCUGCGGGAACUUGAGGCUACUAUAAUGUCAGGCAGCACACUGAGUUUAGGAGAAGACGGCGAGAAGCAAAAUGAAAGCAGGACCAACGCUCUUGCAUUGAGCCCAGAGAGGACCUCACAGAACACAGCUGUACCGGAAGACAUGCAGGACACCAGCCCAUCAAUGCCAUUAGAGCUUCAUAAGAUCUGUGUACAGAAGGAUGCUGACCGCAGGGAUUUUGGGUUCAGCCUGUCGGACAGUCUGCUGGAAAAGGGUGUUUAUGUGAACAUGAUCCGUCCGGGUGGGCCUGCGGACAAAGCUGGGUUACGCCCAUAUGAUCGUAUUCUACAG